CUUAAACUGAGUUUAUUUGGUACUAAUUUCUUAAUUAACAACUAUUACAUGGUAUUGGAUAUCUGUUGGGGUUUCGCCCAAUUGCAAUGAGCCAAUUACAGACGCCUUGAUUGUUGUAUACGAUGGUGGGCGGUUUGUACGGCGACCUACCCCCUCCGUCCUCCGCCGCGGAAGACGGCGGCGCUACCACAUCCACCACUAAUGUCUGGUCCAGCAGCGUUAAGAUGGUCCCUCCCACCCUCCGCAAACCCCUCCCCCCUCAGACCAUUCUCCGGCCCCAACACCCCAAGCACAAACAAUCUCAGCCUAAGCUCACCACUACCUCUCACCCAAACGCCGACGAGAACACAAACCCUAACCCCAGCUCGGCAUCCUUUCAACCCGCUCUUGUCGGGGUGACCAGCUCCGUCGUCGACGAGUACGAUCCAGCCCGGCCAAACGACUACGAGGAUUACCGCCGGGAGCGGAAGCGGAUGCAAGCGGAGGCCGAGGUGAGGCGGGAGCUGGAGGAGAGAGAGAGGAGGGAGAGGGAGAGAGAGGAGAGAGAGAAGCGUGAGAGAGAUCGCGAUAGGGAUCGGGAAUUGAAUAUCUCCGGUGAAGAGGCGUGGCGGAGGAGGGCGGCUAUGAGCGGCGGCGGAGGAGGUGGCGCGCCGAGGUCACCGUCGCCACCCCCGCCUGGAAAUGGUGUAGGAGAUGGGUUCAGCAUCGGCAAAUCGGAGAGCAGGGGAUUGGGAGGGGGAGCUGAAGGGAAGAUGACGGCAGCACAGAAGAUGAUGGCUAAGAUGGGUUGGAAGCAAGGACAAGGUUUGGGGAAGCAGGAGCAGGGAAUCACGUCACCUCUUGUGGCCAAGAAGACGGAUAAGAGAGGUGGGGUUAUUGUGAAUACCAGCGAGUCGAGCAAGAAGGUCAAGAGUGUUAGUUUCAAUGGAAUUCCCACCCGAGUUGUGCUUCUAAGAAACAUGGUCGGCCCGGGUGAGGUAGAUGAUGAUCUGGAAGGUGAGGUGGCAGAGGAGUGUGCUAAAUUUGGUACAGUGACCCGUGUCUUAAUAUUUGAGAUUACAGAACCAAACUUCCCGCACGAAGAAGCUGUAAGAAUAUUCAUUCAGUUCGAGAGAGCAGAACAAGCAACUAAAGCUUUGAUAGAACUCGAAGGCCGUUUUUUUGGAGGAAGGAUUGUACGUGCUUGUUUCUAUGACGAGGAGAGGUUCGGCAAAAACGAGAUGGCUCCUCUCCCUGGGGAAAUCCCUGGCUUCUUUUGAACACUUCUUUUAUCAGGUAACUUUGAAGAUUUUAAGUUAUCGUCUUUAAUCUCCUUGCAGUAGUCUGAAGUUGUGAGUAGUGUUAUUAUUUUUAGCUCCGAGUGUUAUUUGGUGAAAUUCAGAUUGGAGAAUUAAAAGGUAUACCCUGGAACAUAACUAUGUUGAUCUAAUCAGAUUUGAGAACUAAAAGUUGAAGUUGAUGUAACCCGGAACAAACGAUGUUGAUCUAAUGUGGUUUCGGUUGUGUUCUGUGAAUUCAUAGGAUAUUUUGGGAACUUUUGAUUGCUUCAAUAAGAAAUUCCGUGCACCCAAUGUUUGGUAAGGUGCAGGUAGGCCUGAAAACGAGCCAAGCCGAGCUCGUUAAAUAAAUGAGUCGGAAAUCGAGUUUACGCUCGACUUGUUAAUAGUCGAAUUCGAGCGUUAACGAGCCGAACUAUAUAAAAUUAUAUAAAAAUUAUCUUUU